AUGGCAUCAAAUACCAGUUUAGCCACAGCGUUUAACGUCGCUAUCGGAUGCUCAGCCAUUCUCGGAAACGGUUUGGUGAUUUCCGUCAUGAUGGUCAGACGUAAACAGUUCAGCUCCUUCACUAACCGACUUAUCCGUCACCAAUCCAUCAUCGACUUCGUCUCUGGUUUGGUGUUUCUCCUCAUGACAGGGAUCAAACAAAGUUCGCUUCUGGAGAAUGUGGAGAGAACAUUUCUUGGUGUAUUUCUUUGUAGGUUCAUUUUCUCCAACUUUGUUGUUGUUGGUUUGACUGCGGUGUCCACGUACAAUCUGGUGGUGAUAUCGCUGGAGCGUUUUCUUGCCACGUGCUAUCCGGUCAAACAUCGCAACUACUGCUCACUCUUCAAGAUCAAAGUUUCAAUGUGUGCUGCUUGGAUCAUCGGGUUCACGUAUGCGCUGAGGUUUAUUUUUGUGUACAAAAUCACUGGUAAUAAAUGCAGCUUUGAUUAUUCCAUUAGUCCAAAUGCAAUGCUUGGUAUAAUCAGUGUGAGUAUUGCGAUAGAGUACAUUAUUCCUGUGAUCCUCAUAUCGAUUUCGUACGUUAGAAUACUCUUCGUUCUUCGACACAAACUUGACAAUGCUAACGCCAAUCAGCAAGAUGGUGUCUUCAGUAAGGCUAAGAGAAACGUCAUCAUGACGAUGCUGAUCGCUGGUUCCGUGUUUUUCAUUUGUUGGACGCCCGUUGAGAUGUUUCGUCUACUCUUUGCCAUUGGUGUCCUGACUGCCUCAACGCCUUCUCUAGAUUUCUUAUAUCAAACAUUUAUAACAUUAGUGAUGUGCAACAUGAGCGUGAAUCCAGUCGUUUAUUGCUUCAAGUACGAGCAUUUCCGUACACAGCUCACGCAACUUGUACGGAGCCGAUUUGGUCGAAACCGAGUGCGUCCCGGAGAUGAGUCUACCGAUGCGCCAUCUUUAUCAAUUAACCCAGCACAGCAGACCGAAACCAGACCAUUGUAA